UAAACAUUUGAAAUAAUUUCUUGAGAACUCAAAAGAAACAAAAAUAACAAAUGACGCGUCAUGCCCGUAAUUGUACGGCUGGAGCCGUUUACACGUACAACGAGAAGAAGCGGGAUGCAGCAGAAUCCGGAUACGGGACAAAUGCCCAACGAUUGGGCAAGGAUUCGGUGAAAUCGUUCGAUUGCUGCUCCUUGACACUGCAGCCGUGCCGCAAUCCGGUGGUAACCAAACAAGGCUAUCUCUUUGACAAGGAGGCCAUUCUUCAAUAUAUUGUGACCAAGAAGAAUGAAUAUAGCCGCAAAUUGAAGGAAUAUGAACGUCUGCGGCGUGCCGAGGAGCAGGAACUGCAACAGGAGGCGAAUUGCAAACAACAGGCUAAAAUGGACAAAUUUGUCAACUCUGAGAAACCUACAGCAACGCCAUCAUCCACCUCCACCACGAAAUCAUCAUCAUCAUCUUUGUAUUCCUUCAAAUCGUCAGCCAGGCAAACGGAGUUAGACGAUACGCCUGUUACAUCGCAAUCCAAGGGAAGUGCAAGUGGCUCAUCGUCAAUUUCCAACAUGGCCAAUGGACACGAAAAGAAUUUACCUAGCUUUUGGCUACCCUCGGAGUGCCCCAAUGCUGGCUUAGCCAAGGCUCAGAAGCCAGAUUCUACCAUUUACUGUCCGGUGUCGCAGCAGCCCCUCAAGGUGAAAGAUUUGAUCGACAUCAAAUUCACCCUGCUCAAGGAUGGGGACACAAAGCGUUCACUAAUCGCCAAAGAGGCACGAUACAUGUGUCCCAUUACCCAUGAUGUGCUCAGCAAUGCGGUGCCCUGUGCCGUACUUCGUCCCACCGGCGAUGUCGUCACGCUUGAAUGUGUUGAGAAGCUAAUACGCAAGGAUAUGAUUCAUCCUCUGACCGAUCGUAAGCUCAAGGACAAGGACAUUAUACCCUUGCAAAGGGGCGGCACUGGCUAUGCCAUCACCAAUGAUAAUCUUCAGGCCAAGGAGAAGCGACCGAUGUUACAAGUCUAAAAUCCGAAUUUGCACUCGAUCAUUGAUGUUAGCUAGUUACAUUAAUAUAUUUCUUAUGUUCCAAGUAUAGCCAAUAAACUAAGCCCUCCCUCCCCUUU